UGGCCCACGUGCCUCAUAAAACCCAGAACAAAAACAUCACGAGUGACUGCUUGGAAAGACAGCACAUGGUCGUGGCUGGCAGCUGCUUUUGCAAGUGGACACGACACGACCCGAGCCAGACCUCUGAGCUCGCUUCCAAACUUAAAACGUUGAAGUGCUGGCCACCGUCAAUUUUUAGAAGACUUGGGAGUGCUUGCGCGAAAACUGACAGUGAGCAUUGCAUUUUGAGGGCUUUUUUAAUUUUUUAUUUAAAAAAAAAUUUUUUUCUUCCCCCCUCCCAAAAAAAAAAGAUCUCGAUAAACUCCGUUGGCUGCGCCAACCAAAAAAAGAUAACAUGUCGACUAACAAAGUGAAGAGCUGCCCUAUUCCCACCAGGGUUCUCACCCUGAAAGACUGGUCUCAACUUCCCGACUGCUACAGCCAGACGCCCGGGGGGACUCUCUUCUCCACUACGCCCGGUGGUACCCGCAUCAUCUAUGACAGGAAGUUUCUCUUGGAUUGCAGAAAUUCCCCUCUUGCACGCACCCCACCAUGUUGUCUCCCGCAGAUCCCUGGGGUGACAUGCCCUGCUACUCACCCUGUGAGCAAGCUGCAGGAUGUCAAAGAAGAGGUUGAAGAGGAAGAAAAGGACAUUACAGAUGACAACCAGUUUGACAUGGACAUCUGAGCUCCAGUUUUACCUCCUGUGGAGAGUCAUCUAUCAAACCACCUCCUUGGUCAGUACUGACCGAAAAGCGUUGCCUAUAUGCUUUUUUUUCGUUUUUUAAAACAAAGGCUUUUCUGUGGAACCAAAAAGAAUGGAAACUAGAAAAGUAGGGUGUUUUUGACCCUAAGAAGUGUUUAGCUUAGACAUGGUACAGGAUCGGGUUGCUUGCUCAGUUGAGCGACAGCAGGAUUUGAAAAGAAUCAAUUUUGAUUUCACUUUUUUAAUAUCUUUUGUAUAUAAUACAAUGUACUAUGUAUCUUUUUUUAAGUUGGCAAAUACAAGAUUACAAGAUAAUUUACAUUACAGUGGAUGUACAUUACAGUCAGCCUUUGAACUGGAGGCCUUUUUUUUUUACAUUGUUUUUCUUUUUUCUUUUUGUGUGUGUUUUUAUUCGUUUCCCUUACUGUAUAAGGCACUCUGCAUUUGCCAGUGUCUACUUUCUUUUAAGGGUCAAGGCCUACCAUACUGAAAAUCUGCUCCAAUUUUUAUGGAGGGAUGGAUUAAAUGUGAGUAAUUCCAAAUAAAGGCUGUUCAAAAAAAACUAUUUUAUUGUACAGUGGGUACGGAAUGUUUUCAAACCCCCUUACAUUUUUCAUUCUUUGUUAUAAUGCAGCCAUUUGUUAAAAUCAUUUAAGUUCAUUUUUUUCCUCAAUGUACACACAGCACCCCAUAUUGACAAGAAAAAAAACAUAAUUGUUGAAAUCUUUGCUGAUUUAUUGAAAAAGAAAAACUGAAAUAUCACACAGCCGUAACUAUUCAGACCCUUUGCUGUGACACUCAUAUAUUUCUUCUGAUCAUCCUUAAGAUGGUUCUACAUCUUCAUUGGAGUCCAGCUGUGUUUGAUAAUACUGAUUGGACUUGAUUAGGAAAGCCACACCCUUGUCUGUAUAAUACCUUACAUCUCACAGUGCAUGUCAGAGCAAAUGACAAUCAUGAGGUCAAAGGAACUGCCUGAAGUGCUCAGAGACAGAAUUGUGGCAAGGCACAGAUCUGGCCAAGGUUACAAAAAAAAUUCUGCUGCACUUAAGGUUCCUCCAUAAUCCUGAAAUGGAAGAUGUUUGGGACGAUCAAAACCCUUCCUAGAGGUGGCCGUCCGGCCAAACUGAGCAAUUGGGGGAGAAGAGACUUUGUGAGAGAGGUAAAGAAGAACCCAAACUGUGGAUGAGCUCCAGAGAUGCAGUCGGGAGAUGGACAAAAGUUAGAGAAAGUCAACCAUCACUGCAGCCCUCCACCAGUUGGAGCUUUAUGGCAGAGUAGCUCGAUGGUAGCCUCUCCUCAGUGCAAGACACCUGAAAGCCCGCAUGGAGUUUGCUAAAAAAAAAAAAAAAAAGGACUCCAAGAUGGUGAGAAAUAAGAUUCUCUGGUCUGAUGAGACCAAUAUAUAAAUUGUUGGCCUUAAUUCUAAGUGACGUGUGGAGAAAACCAGACACUGCUCAUCACCUGUCCAAUACAGUCCCAACAGUGAAGCAUGAUGGUGGCAGCAUCAUGCUGUGGGGGUGUUUUUCAGCUGCUCAAAACCUCAGACUGGGCAGAAGGUUCACCUUCAAGAAAGACAAUGACCCUAAGCACACAGCUAAAAUACAGAAGGAGUGGCUUCAGAACAACUCCGAUAGCUGGGAUAGGCUCAGCAUACCCGCGACCAUUGUGAGGAUAAAAGCCAGAGAGGAAAUGGAUGGAUGUAUGCUUGUUAAUUAGCCAAUGUGUUUGUGUUGGUCGUUCUGGCACAAUCAAGCUGCUCCUUUCAACUCCCACAUUCUGGAGGUGAUCUCUGAUAAGCUUCUGUGGAGUCGAGCUUUGUCAUUUUGGAGGAUAGUAUUUUGAUCCUAAACGGUGGAUUUGUGGGAUUGUCACUGGUUGGGAAAUCUCAUCUGGAUAUCACUGCAUUUUGAUUACUUUGAAUGAUGAUCUAACCAUACAGUCCACCUUCCAUAGGCAACGUCUUAACUCAUAGCAUAUUGUUGUUGCAACCCUAUGAACCUGUAUGCAGCCUGUACCAGAUUGUCUACAUACAGUAUGCACAUGUCGCAGGUCUUCACGUUUUAUUGAAGGGAGAGUUAGCCAACAAUUUAUUUGCACUCAGGGGUACAGUACCUGGAUCUCAAGUCAAUAGCAACAGCAGAAUAAGAUGUUUUUACAAGAGUGUAUUACACAGACUGUUCUCAGCAGUUUUUUUAAUCCCACAAAUGCAUGUUCCUUAAAAAUGAGGCAUCAUGAAUACAACCCCGAUUGCAAUGACAUACCUGGCGUAUGUAUGCAGUUGAUUGUUUUCUUCACUGGUGGUGUUUUGUUUAACCUCAACUCUUAUAGACUUAGGGUGUACACAUAGCCAAUCUGCAAAUUGGUAUAAGAAAUUAUACAUUGAUGACAAUGCAGAGUUUUGAUGGAAGUAUCCAUUUAAAUAGAUGCUGUAUGUAUUUUCAGUGUUGUCGAACUGAUCUGCAACAUGAGUAUGAGAGGCGUUUCUAAUUUGUUGCUUGAUUAUUUACAUGCGUGCUGGAAGGUGAGGAGAAAUAAAGUUUCAUCUGCCUUCUAUAAACUAGAAGGGCAACGGUGCUUGUUCAUGUUCCAGGCCUCCCAAACUGCAUCAGUUUGUAGGGGGGUGAGGCACUGAUCUGUAGCUUAAGAGAGGGGCUGGUCUUAAGGAAUGAGGGCAGCUGCAGCCUAACGGACAUACAAAUUGCAAACUCUGCAAUGCUGUGGUAGGGUGUGACACAUUUAGGUAUUUUUACCAGCACUCAUCUCAGACAUUCUAUAUUAACCAUUUCCCCAAAAAUGAUGUUGAGGGUUUUGUACAAAACUGGUGACACUAUUAUCAUCAACAAUGUAAUGUAAUGUAGGUCUGUUCACUAUUCAUGUCAUGACAACGGACCACUAUGCAUUCCAGUUUAAGGAUGUACAGUAGGUCAUCAGCUGUUCUUUUCUCAUGAUAAUUCAUCCAUGAGCUAAAACUGUCAUGUAUUGCAUUUUGUCAUGUAUCACACAAACUGGUACUCCAAAGUGUCUGUUUACCAAUUUGGUGACUAAACCGUUCAAAUCGUUGUAUGUUCAUUAUGCCUUCAUGCAGCAUGCAAAGUAAACAUCACUUUGCCUGACAGCAAAUACUGGAAUGUGCCGUUUUCUAAAGCCAUGUGAUAAGAUUGGAUUUUUCUCAUUCA